AUGGAUCAGCAGACUUCGACGUCUACAGUUACCGUCGAGUAUUUUGAUCCUCACGAUGUCUACAAGCUGCUGGCGCCCGGUCUAGUCCCUCGCCUGCCCCUCCGAAACCUUCAUUGGCAGUCGCAUGCCGGGCCGAUCCGAUCCAUCGAGACCCUGCAUGUCGAGCUGCUCCCCGGCGGAUCCAGCUCCGACCCUGCACCCCCGCUUCGCGACGCCGAGAGACCGUCUCGCGACGACGGCUUCCAGAACCAGCCCGUCGGCGGCCAGUCAGGCUCCAGCGAGGCCGCACCCGCCCAGCCCGUGCCCGCGAAAACCCCCGGCAGCCAGCGUCGCCAUCAGAUCCCCGGCCUGCGCCGCACCCCCUACCUCAAGGUCCUUCUCGUGCGCUGCGAUGACAACGACUCGUACAAGGCGUCGGUCCGGUUGGAGGUCCGCGAGUGGCUCAAGCUGCAUACUCCGCCAUCCGGCAGCUCCAAGAAGAGCAGCAACCAGGAGAAGCACGAUGCCUUUGAGUGGCUCAUCAUCCACGUCGUCAUCCCCAACACGGCCGCCGCCAACCAGCCGAGGAGUGGCAAGCUGUCCGACACGGGAACCCCGGAGAAGACGAGUGCCUCGUCGCGGUGGCGCACCGGCUCCUUGCCGCUCCUGGAGAAGCUACGCUCCGACUUCAACGCGUCCACCAAGGGCGCCUCGGACCGCGUGGCCCAGAUCCGCAUCGGCAUCAACGAUGAUGCGGAGAACGCCUGGGGCGACCUGGUGGGAAAGUUUAAGACUCUCAUUCUCUCCUCCUUUGAUCGUCGAGUCACCCAGUACGAGGAAGACAUCAAGGAGAAGGACGCCCAGCGCAGCCUACCGGGCUGGAACUUUUGCACCUUUUUCAUCCUCAAAGAAGGGCUGGCGAGGGGCUUUGAGAGCGUCGGCCUGGUCGAGGAUGCCCUGGUCGGCUACGAUGAGCUCGGUGUGGGGCUCGACUCGGUUCUCGACGGACAGGCUCAGACGGGCUCGCCGGAGCGCCACGGGGGUGCGGUUCUGAGCUACACAGAUGAGCUAAAGACGCUGGUACGCAAGGCUCUGGCCCCAACGUCUGAUGACGGCGGCGAUGUCGACGCAGAGGAUUUCUCCGGGGCACCUCCCAGAAAAAACUCGCCCGACGACAUCAGCAUCAGUUCGACCAAGAAGGCGUAUCGCGACAGGAUACUAGAGAACAAGGUCUCGGUGUUUGACUUUCGAUGCUACAUCUUCUCUCGACAAAUCUCGCUUCUCCUGCGCCUAGGCAACGCAUCUUCGACGCGGGAGGAGUUGCUGGCUAAGCUCACGGCCCAGCACGAGUCCGUCUUGCGCGGAGUCGCGCCGCUUGCGCCGCCUAUGUGCCAUGACAACGAGCCCGAGAACCUCCAGAUGCUGGCCGAAAUAUGUCGGAGGACGCUCGAGUUUAUCCCCUUUAUCUCGCAGGUUAUGCGCCAAGACCUACUCCGCGGGCUUACGGCCGAGACGGGCUCGGAACCGAAUUCCACCUCCCUCGAUGCACGAUGCCUAGAUGCAGUAGACAACAUUGUCUCGUCGUUUGCGUUCUCGGUCGCGCAGCAAAUCCUGGCGCAGACGUCGACCCGGGCGCUUCCUAUCCCCUCUACCGCUCUGCCCGGCAAUGGUCAGGAACCUAAGGCGCUGAUGCCAGAGCCAAAGACCAUGAUGCAUCCGGCGCGCAGCACAUCCCUCCGCGCCUCGGCCUCGCCGCGUCGGCCGCCGAGCCCAGGCGUCUUUCCUGGCCCCGGUCGACGGGCUAGCGUCCCGGACGGCGGGGCACAAAGCUCGCAGUUCCUCAAAGUCGGGAUCGAAGAGCUGGCUGCUCGGAGGGCCGAGCUCUACAUGCUCUCGAGGAGCGUGCUUGGGGGCCUGGGCAAGAGGCGGGGCUGGUCCGACGGCUGGGACGAGGCUCCGAUGAUUCACGAGCCGGGCGUAGACGAGAUGGACGACGUUAGCCUUAAUGACGGUGGCACCGCCGCCAAUGACGCAAAAGAUGACAAUUCAGAUGACGGUCUGGGCGCCGCUGCCUCGAUGGUGGGGAUCGAGAGUCACAUACUGCGCGCCGCCAUGGACGGCGCCGACGAGUUUUACCGGCUAUAUGAGAUUCUGACCGACAAGGCCCUAUGGCACCACACAGUGGCAGGCCACCAACACGCUGUCCAGUCCUGCAGGGCCGACCUGGCCGUUCUUAAGGUGCACAUAAAGGAGUAUAAGGUUGCCGCCGACUACUUUUGCGAAACAACGCUCUUCUUUGGAGGGGACGGCUGGUGCUCUCUGGAGCUUUCAAUGCUCGCCAUGUACGCCAGGUGCUUAAGCCAGCUGCAGUCCAAAGACGACUUUGUGCGUAUCGCUCUCAAACUACUCACUAAAGCAUGCGCAGAGAGGGCGCGACUCCAGGACAAGUCAGCACUGUUCCGAGGAUCACGGGACACUAGCCACGCCGACAAGUCGCCGCUACAUGCCAUCACCGGCGAGCUGUUUAGUCUGGCAAAGACGCUCCCGAGCGAGGUUAAACUGCCGCUGGCGAGCGUCUUUACGAACAUCCAGCUGGACGGGCCGCCUGUAUACCACGACAGACGCGACGCCUGCUCUCUUUUAGUAGCAUUGCACAGCUUGCUGCCUAUAGACAUAACGAUCGAUGCUGCCCAGCUAAAAGUGGCCAGCAUCGAUAGUGGACCGUGCAAAGAGCUUGCGUUUGAGAAGAAUAGCUUAUUCGUCUUGUCUCCUGGUAAGAACCACAUCACCUUGGACUGCAACUCUAUUGUAAGUGGCAAGUUUAUCAUCAGUCACCUUGGCCUAUUAUCGAGCAAGUUGUAUCUCUACUACGACCAGGACAUAAGUCAGCCAAGGGAAGCGGCGGUCGUCUUUAAAGACCCGAAAGUGAGGCUAUUCCAGCGCACCGGCGGUCUUGACGUGCGGGCGAGCGCGAGUAAGCAUACGUGCCUAGACAAGAACAACGCGCUCGACUUUGAGCUCAGCACUGGGUGGAACGACUUGAAGAGUUGCGAGAUCCGCGUACGGCCCGCCACCGGGGGACUACGACUGCUGACGACGGAGGCCAAGUUUGUAGACUCGUCGAUGGGGUUUGCCAGGCCUCCCGAGUCCGGCGCAUUCUUCCUGGGACCGAUGACUGAGGGGACACGUGCGACGUUUCACUUUCCGUACUCUGUCGAGCAGGAUGUCGCCAACGUGCUGGCCAAGCUCGAGGUGAAAUAUGUCACCCAGUCGGGCGAGGCUUUUUUCCUGGCCAAGGCGCUGACGAUUCCCGUCUCCCUGGCCCUUGGCGUCAACGUGCAGGACGUCUUCAAGCACCACGCCCUGUUUUCGAGGUUCAUUAUUUCGACAGCGACGUCGAGCCCCAUUUCCCUGCACAGGAGCGAGCUGCUGGACUCGGAGCUCUUUGAGUCUGCAUUCGGCGUCCCCCCUCAAAGCGACAUCACCGUGUUCCCGAAGCAGCCGGCAAGUCUGCUGUACCGGGUGAAGAGGAAGGCUGGGACAAAGACCGGGAAGCGGUCCGGUAGGACGAUGUACCUGAAACUGCACUACAGCGUACUGCAGACCGUGGCCGAGGACGUCAUCCGGGAGUCAAUCGCAGAGGAGCUGGGACAGACACGACUGGAACAGUACUCGGGCCUGGUGGUGGAGCACGUGCUGAGGGAGGCGAGGAGGGGGCUCGAAGCGCAUGACUUUGAGCGGGCCGCCCUGCUGGGGGAGAUGACAACGGCCUUCCUGGACGGCAUCGCAUGGGAGAAGCGCUUCGCGGGGCUCGGGACCGUGCCCGGGUCGAGCGAGGCGGCAGCGGCCAAGCUGGGCGAGCUACUCUGCGCUUGGCAGCGGAAGAACCCGCGGAUCGGCCUCGGCACGGGGACGCCGGGCGAGGCGUCAUCGCUGCUGAUUCCCGUGGAGAUUCCAUCCCUGUCGGUGGUGCACACGGCGGACAUGCGGCUGCACCUACCGGAGCCGGGCCCCGUGCAGGUGGGCAGCGGGGGGGCGGCGACGGUGUGCGUGAACCAGAUGGUGGCGGCGACGCUCCGUCUACGGUGGACGCGGGCAUGGGACACGGAGACGGCGCAGCGCGACGAGCAGGCGUUUGGGUACGAGGUGGCGGCGCCGGCGGAGGCGUGGCUUCUGGGGGGGCGGCGCAAGGGGCGGUUCGUGAUCCCGGGGUCGUCGGCGACGUCGUCGAGGGCGGAGACGGAGGCGGAGAUUCCGCUGAUGCUGGUGGCGCAGCGCGAGGGGUGGCUGCCGCUGCCGACGGUGGAGAUUCGCGAGAUGGUGGCGGGCGAGGCGAGCCAGGCGUGCGAGGUGGAUUGGCGCAACGUGGGCGAGACGGUGCGGGCGGUCAAGGAGCGCAGGGGCGUCACGGUCAGCCUCGACGCGAGCGGGCCGGCCGGGGGGCCGCUGGUGCUCGAGAGCGAGGGCUUGCUCGGGGGGCAGGAUGCGAGGAUGGUGGCGUGA